AUAAAGUCGAGAUCCAGAUCCAGCCAGUUGAUAAAAUUGAACCUCGUCGUCUUGAAGUAAGGAAUUUUGAUACAAGUCGCUGUGAGAGUAAAUCUCCAAUGGUCUCCCCUAAAAGACAGCCACAAGUUAAGGCUUCACAACUUAUCACCCAAAUAGAACCUCCUAUUAUGAUGAGGAAAUCUAGUAAAGGCGAGGAAGAUCAGUUUGAUGUUGAAAGUCUCUUAGAGUUUGAAGAUGAAGAAGAUUUGACUGAAGUUAAUAGAACAAGGCUUGUAUCAGCUAGUCAAAAUCCUUGUUGGAAUGAAAUGUUUGAAUUUGAUGUGGAAGAAGAACACCGGUUUUUAAAUAUUUGUUUAUGGUGCAGGGAAGCAGACAAAAUAGACAAACACGAUAAAGUGACCAAACGGAAAAAGAACGUUCGAAUUGGACAUGUAAGUUUUCUUCUUAGUGAAAUUGCAUUGGAUUGCUUAACGACUGUUCAAGGAGAUACACAGAAGACAAGACCCCUGAUACCUGCUGAGCCUAAACCUGGAGCUAUCCGUACCCGAUGCUCAAUGCUUGCCUCACAUCCUGGUUUUGAACCUCAGCUGUGCCACGGAGACAUUACAGUGUCUUUCUGUUUCCAACCAACAGAGAAAUUCUCUGAACAUUAUCGUAAAAGACUGAGUAAAACUACACUUCAAACCACUAUGGACGAACCGGUCAGCAAGGAGAUUAUUGAGAGGGUUGAGUGUCCUAAACCAAACAUUCCUAAUGCUAUUAGAAACCACAAAUUUGUUGUCAACUGUACACCAUACCAAUCUGCUUCCUACUGUUGUGUCUUUUGUGCAAGAAAGAUAUGGAUGGGAAGAGGAUUUAAAUGUAAUGUUUGUGGAAUGAUUGUACACAAGAAAUGUACAGACAAGUGCCAAGAGAAAACAUUGUGCACACGAGAGGGGCCAAGAAACAGAGCCAUUCCUGAUGAACCCUGGAAACCAAUGACAACACAGCAAUCUGAGAAUCAGAAAAAUAAAGUCCAAGAGGAAAAAGACAUUCCAUCAAGAACUGGUGGUUUACUUAGUAAAUUCCGAAAAGAUUCUGCACCAACUGGAAAGAAAAAUCUGGGUAGAAACAGCAGAACAAGUCCACCUCCUGAACAUAAGUGUCUGAUGGCACCAAACCACAGCCCCAAGAUGCGACGGAAAAAAUCCCUUCCUGAGACGCAGUCUUCUGUCGAUGCCGAUCCUAGCAAACUUCAUGCCACAGCAGCUGGUCUGCCACGAACACGUUCUUCAACAUCGUUGCAGGUGCUCCUCACCCAGAAUGCCUCCCCUACACUGCAACCCCAUGAGGUUAUUGUUAAGGUAUAUUCACUGAAAUCAAAAAAACAAAAAGAAAACACAAUACAUAGCGAGAAUUUAGUAGGUUUUAAAAUCAACAUAACCUAUACAGAAGCGUUAUCAUAUAGGAAAUUUAGUCAGUUCGGUAACAGCAAAAGAAUAAGUAUGAAAAAUAUUUUUAAUAUCUCAAUGUUUCAAUCUGAAAGAUUUUUGUUUAAAUGGAAGUUAGAAUGAAUAAAUAAAAAAAAC